AUGGGGUCAACUGCAGAUCCCGGACCAAUCGAUAUUUCUGUACUGUACGAUCAAGAUAACCAUAUUUCUUCAGCAAUCUGGGAUGGACAGGAACGUGGUGUGCUUAGAUGCCAUGAACACAGUUCAAUGCUUGAACAAUGGAAGCUCACAGCUAAACAAAUUGAAUUGGUUGAGAAAGCUGGUUUUGGGUACUUCAGAACAAUUCCCACGAUUAGCCUUGACAAUUCACUUAUCUCGGCACUAGUUGAGAGGUGGAGGAGAGAAACAAAUACGUUUCAUUUGCCUGUUGGAGAAAUGACCAUAACACUUGAAGAUGUUGCACUGUUACUUGGGCUACCAAUUGAUGGAAAACCAGUUAUGGGUGUAACAAGGACACCCGGAAAAGUAUGCGAAAAUUUACUAGGGAAAGUGCCGGAAGACCUAAAUGGUGGAAUGGUGAAGCUAACUUGGUUGAAAGAGUGCUUUUCUAAAUGUCCUGAAGAUGCACCAGUUGAAGAGAUUGAGCAUCAUACGCGUGCUUAUCUCCUAUACCUCGUUGGUUGUACAAUAUUUUCCACAACAACUGGAAACAAAGUCUCUGUAAUGUAUCUUCCAUUGUUUGAAAAGUUCGAUGAAGCUGGAAAGUUCGCAUGGGGUGCUGCAGCUUUGGCAUUCCUCUACAGAGCUCUUGGUAAUGCCUCCCUUAAAUCUCAAAGCACUAUAAGUGGUUCUUUGACACUACUGCAGUGUUGGAGUUAUUAUCGCCUCAAUGUUGGAAAUCCGAAGUUCAAUGACGAACCUAACGAUGGUUGCUUUCCAUUUGCACUUCGGUGGAAAGGAAGAGCAAGUGGACCAAGAUCAAACAGUAAUAUAGUUUCCUACCGCAAAGCCUUAGAUUCCCUUCAACCUUCAGACGUUAAGUGGCUCCCAUACAAAGAUUUGGACUCAUCUUCUUCAGUGGGAGAUAUAAAAGAGAGUUUGAUUUUACGGGCCUCAAAAACUGUGCUAAUAUGUUUUGACAAGGCUGAGAGACACCUCCCUGAUCGUUGCCUCAGGCAGUUUGGCGUGCUUCAACCAGUCCCAAUGGAUGUUCCGCGAUGGGAGAGGAAGAUUCGUGCACUUGAUCAGGGUUCAGACUUGUCAAAGGAAACAGAGUUGCAGCUUAAAGGAAAAAAUCAAGCAGAGCUUAGGGAAUGGUUGGAGCGUCGACUUCGGAUUGUGCAAGUUGAGGAAGUUGUGGAUGAAAUCAAGUACAUGGAGUGGUAUGAGAGAAUUACACGAAAAUUUGUUGGGAGACCUGAAUCUUUAGAAUCCGAGUUUCAGAGAAUAGUUGCUGCUAUGAGAGAAAUUGCAGAUAUAGCUGAUUCAUUUCCCGCAGAUCGAAUGGAUUCCCGAGAUAGGAAGUCACUUGAUGAUAUAAAAAACGCAGCACAUAAAAGUCUGAUGGAUUUGGUUGGAGACUCAAAGAAGGGUAGACGUAAGAUUGCCACGAAACGUAAAAGGGAGGAUGAUCCAACUAUCAAGGAUGACUACUAG